GAUGUUUAAGAAACUUAUAUGUUUCUGGAUGGUAGUAAAGCUAUUUUGCAGCGAUACAACGGAAGAAGACUACAGCUAUGCAGAAUUACCUCCCAUAACAUUCAGCAGUAUGAACUCAACUUUAGAAGUACUAAAUGAACAUGGAGCAAACCCAAUGAGUAAACCAAUUGCUCUUCGUUCAUCGGAUUCACUUUCAGGACUUGGGAUCAGUGCAAAUCUGCUAGGAGUGCAUGCAGGCGCAGGUUUAGACCAUGACCGUAGAGGCUAUGAUAAUAUGUGCCAAGGAUUUAGUGCCAAACCUGCGGGAGGUCAAUAUCCAUACCCUUUGUAAAUGUAUAAAAAACCAUACUACCUCGCAGCAGCUCGUCUACAACAAUGAAAGCCUCAAGGAAUGCCACUAGCGAAACCUCCUACAUGUUACCUUCCCACUUGCACAUAAAUGAAUUUCAGGUGGAGAUCUCAUUAAAUAGGGAUCUCCUCCCUACCUACUUCUUUAUUUAGCACUUCUCAAAUAUAUUUUCAUGAAUGAAGCUUUAAAAUAAUUA